CCGUCGCCGUCGCCUCUGCCUCUGCCUCUGCCUCUGCCUCUGCCGCCGUCGUCAGUAGAAACUUAACCAAUUUGUGAGGGAUGUCUACCCCAGCAAGAAGAAGAUUAAUGAGAGAUUUCAAGAGGUUACAGGAGGAUCCACCUACUGGAGUGUCAGGUGCUCCUACAGAUAAUAAUAUAAUGAUAUGGAAUGCAGUUAUAUUUGGACCACAUGACACUCCUUUUGAAGAUGGCACGUUUAAACUUACAAUAGAAUUUACUGAAGAAUAUCCAAAUAAACCACCUACAGUGAGAUUUGUUAGCAAGAUGUUCCAUCCGAAUGUAUAUGCAGAUGGUGGAAUCUGUCUUGAUAUACUUCAAAAUCGGUGGAGUCCAACUUAUGAUGUCUCAGCCAUUUUAACAUCUAUACAAUCGCUUUUGGACGAACCGAAUCCUAAUUCACCAGCCAAUUCUUUAGCGGCGCAAUUAUAUCAAGAAAACAAACGGGAGUAUGAGAAGAGAGUGGCUACUGUAGUCGAACAGUCUUGGCUGAAUUUUCAAGAGACUCACACUGAAGAUCCUCGCUGACAUUAAUGUCGGUUUUUAUGCGACGAUUUAAUGCAAAUUCUUUAAUAAUAAAAUUUGUCCUUGUCUUAAGAAAAAAUACGAUCAAAACGCAUUAUACCGAAACUCUACAUGUAAUAUUCUUCAAUACUUUAUUCGACGAGUGUUCUGCGUAUUCAGUCAUACAAUACCAGAAAACUGCAUGGUUAUCACACUUGUUGCAAAAAGUAAAAACUUAGGUAAUAAAAGUUAGAGAAUCGGAGUGGCGUUAAAUCGUACUGUUAACUUGUGAUCUUUUAUUAUAAGUACAAUGUAUUGUUUUGAUUUUACAAGUAGACGUUAGGGUGUUUUCUGUUACAAAACACGUACAAAAGAUAAAACAAUGUAAUGUUUUCCGUGCAAUGUUUUGCCAUAUAUACAAUACAUGUUAUUUUAUAAGUAUAAUUGCGUGUGCGAGAGCUUGAGAAAACUAAAGUUGCUAAAUAUGAUAUAAAAGUUUGCCGAUUGCUUUUUGAAAUCCACUUUCACAAUGUAAAAAUAAUAAAUGGGAAAUAGUGCGUAAUUAUUUCGUUUUCGACUCGGUAUGUAUCAAGAAAAUACGCGCUUGUGUAUUAGAUUGUAAACGAACAUGUUAUAUUGGAUAAUAUUGAAUAAAUUUUGCAAGAAAUGAUGUUGAA